CACAUGCUUGAUAGUUCACACAUCAAUUGUUGAUAUUUUAGGUAGGAAAAGUAAACAAUUGAUAGUUGAGGUGUGUUUUGAUAAGAUAGUUGGUUAUAGUUCAGGUAUGAUAGUUCACGUAUGAAACUCAAAAAGAAAAAAAUGGAAUACUUUAGGUGUGUUUUGACCUUUCACUAUGUUCAUGUUGCUGAAGUUUUAGUUAGUCUUUCAUAUGAACUUUGGUUAUCAAAUUACAGAUUUUUAUAAAGAGGCCUAUAUAUACGGAGAACUCUGCUGUGAUGUUUAGUUAAAUUUGUGUUCCAUAAUUUAUGGAUUAGAUGAUUCCUUUUAGUAGUUGGUUAUGCAGUUUCUUAAUGGUCAUUUGAAGCUUUGGAGCUUCUAAUUCAGUAACAUUUGGAUUGGUUACAUCAAUAAUUUUAUGAUCUUUGGCUCUGUACUUGUUGGAAUACAAGUUAUUCUCAAGAAUCUGUUAGGGAAAUUUGGACAGACGAGCAAAAUGCAAAAUGCUAUUGAUCCGUUCGAGUACAACUGGAACACAUCGAAAGAGAGUGCAAUGAGUUUUCAACAGGAGCCUGAACAGGUAGUAGGCGCUGCAUCCGUUUAUUUUGCAUUGGAGGAGGAAGCAAUAGGAGUGGAACAACUAUUAGCAGAACCUGAGUAUGAUGAUAUACUUAAUACGCUUCUAGAUUUUAACACAUGUGCAUUCAGUGUUCCCGAGAGCUACUUUAAGGAGUUUUCAGCUUCGGAUACUGUCUUAACAAAAAGUGAUUGUGGUGCACUUCAAAGAAGUCAUAAUGAAGGGGAUAAAACAAAGGAGAAGUUUCUUGAUGGAUUGUCAAACGGAGAUGAUGAAAAUCAUUGCUUCAUUUCAUGUGAAGAUUAUCUUUUGGAUAUUGAACUUGAGGAAGACACUCCCACCCUCCAUGAUGUCACAAGAGAUAUAUCCUGUAUAGAGAGUGUGAAUUUGGAGAACCAGCUAGCUGAUUCAGAUGGAAGAGACUGUGGCGUUCAUGUGUUAACGUUAUCUGGUGCAAGUACCUCAUCUGAUCACGAUGCUACGAUAUUAGACAAUUUUGAUUGCAUGUCAACUGAUAAACUACUCAAGGUGUUCAGGGAGAUGUUGGGACAUCAAACUCCAGUUUCGGAUAACCAAUGGCUGAAACCCCACAUGAUAGCUGGCUUGGAAAACCAGGAGAUAUCAGACAAGAAUUUCAGUUUUCCAAAACGCUCUCUUGAUUCGAGUGAAAACCAAGGGGUAAAAGUCCCGCCAGCAAGUUGCCAAAAUCUCCUUACAAUAUCUACUGCCUUUGCUAGUAUAUUUACUUUCAGAAGAAAGCCAAGAGUUCAACACAUGAAAAGGAGAGGGCGUAUCCAAUGGAAUUCCUUCAAAUCCUUAUCUUCUGUAGCAGGUGAAAUACAUCUCGAUUGCCCGGAUAAGUGGGAUAGCAAGGAGUCGGCUGAAGAAAAUGUAAAAUGUGAUGGAAUGAAAUCAGGAAUAUCUGAACAGUAUUUGAAAUGUAAACCUUCGCGAAGAGGAUUCGGUCGGCGAUAUUACCGCAGAGGAGCCACAGUUACAUCACAAGGUCUUGGUAAAAGAAAUAUUCUGCCCACUGAGGAUCAGCUUAUCAGGAGGGAG